AAUUCAGUACUUACAGAAAGAGAAGAGGGAAAGCGCAGAAGACUACCAACAUCGAACAUCUUUUUAAGCUAGUUCCAUACCGACAAGAUGAAAGUACUGACCAUUGUAGCCGUUUUCAGUGUUAUUGCACUUGUUGCCGCAAAGCCAAACUUCAGACCCGGUGGGUUUGGACAAGGAUCUGGGAGAUUUCCUAAACUCAACUGUGAUAAUGUCGGUGAAGUAGAUUGUAGCGCGCUCAAAGGGAAACUGCUUUGUGACGAGGAUGGAGAACAGUAUAGAAACUAUUGUGCCUAUCUUGAGAAGAACUGCCCUCUUUCGGAGUCUGCAGAAAAGCCUUUCCAUUGCAACGCUGAUGGAACUCCGGUAGAUGAAGACGAAGAUGAGGAUGAAGAUGAAGAUGAACGCCCAGACCUUGGACCGCUUUUCCCUAACAAGAGGGAACUGUGUGUGAUGAUCAAGAAUGCCGACUGCUCCGACCCUGCUCUUCCCGCCAGGAAGAUUUGUGACAACGUGGGAGGUGUCUAUAAUAAUAUUUGCGAGUUUCUGCAAGCCAAAUGUGCCACACCAGAACUGAGACCAGCUGAAUGUCCAGAGCCAACCACAGAGGCCCCUGACGUCACACAGUCUCCUGGAGAUGAGACCACUGAAGAUUCCCAAGUGCCAUAAUCUGGACACACAUGACGUCAUUUGGGAUACAUUUGCUUGAGUGACUUCAAAUAUAUGUCCCACCGCUGAUGACGUCACUGAAUGUUUCAUGUGUGAAAAUGGAAGAGCUGAUAGACCAAAGUCUUACGUCAAAUGAUGCAAGCUACUUACGAAUUUCUUUCCUUUUCUCACUUCCGAUUUUAUUAAUUUAGCGUCAUUUGAAAUCAGCUUUGCUAAAGAUUUGUUUUCCGUAAUUUUGUUUUUUUACUUUAUGUUUGUCUCAUAUUGUAAGAUACACCUGUAUGUGAUUUUUCAGCGAGGAGCCCAAAUUCAAAGUGCGGGUUACUUUUUGUAAUGUUAUUGAUAUUAUCAAGUUUUAUGAGUGUAAAGAAAGACCUAAUAAAGAUAGAUUAUUGAAUUUA